UGCAAUUGUAUGUUUUUGUCUUACUUUUAUCAGUAGAAUACAGCACUCUUAACUCAUACUUCCACAAUAAUCCCAAUCUUUCAUUGUAGGACAAAAAUCCAUGAAAAAUGAAAUGAAGUCUUCUGUUGCCAAUACAUCCACCAAUAACAGAAAUGAUACUCAAUCAAGUCAAAAGAGUAGUGCUCCAGAUGAUGGACUUGUACAAGCAGUUGUCAACAAGGACAUUGGAAAAACUACAAAUAGUAUAUCUGAUAUUGAAUCCACCUCUUUUGGAAAUGGAGCAGAACAUGAUAUAGUAAAGAAAACCUCAAUGGAAACAACAGAUAAUGAUAUAAUAGCAAUCUUUACCGAUACAGAUGAUCCAAUUUUCUCGAUUAAAACCAGUAGAUCUGGAAGUACAAACGACAAAUAUCAUUUUAAAGCAGGUGCUAGCACCUCUAAAAUGAGUACAAACCAGUUCCAAGACAACAACGGCAAUUUAGAACAGGAAGAUGUUUCGAAACUUUUGAAGCUUCUAUCAAAACCCAAUAUUACGACAUCUCCAUGGGAUAAACGUAAUAAUUCAAAGACACCUCUUAAAACCUACGGUAAUCCACGGAAGUCGUCGAAGAAGAGUCCUAUUAUAGAGAGUUUUGGACUACCUGAUACUUCUAUAAUACCCGAGAAACCCUCGAAACCUAGUAUUUUAGACGCAAAUGUUUCUGACGCUUCGGAAAUUACGAUCCAAGCUUUACAAUUUGGAGAUGAUUCCUGGUGUGUAGAUUUUCCAGAAGAUUUUCUUGUCCUAUCAGAAAUUAGAGUGAAAGCUCGUCCACAGAAUCAUGUACUGGUCAAUAAAUCGUUGAACUCAUCGACAGAAGCAUUGGAUCCUGCAAAUCCAGGAAGUUCGGCAAUCAGUGACGUUAAAAACAAGCAGAAUCAUGUACUGGUCAAUAAAUCAUUGAAUUUAUCAACAGAAGCAUCGGAUCUUGUAAAUCCAGGAAGUUCGGCAAUCAGAGACGUUAAAAACAAGCAGAAUCAUGUACUGGUCAAUAAAUCAUUGAAUUCAUCGACAGAAGCAUCGGAUCCUGUAAAUCCAGGAAGUUCGGCAAUCAGAGACGUUAAAAACAAGCAGAAUCGUGUACUGGUCAAUAAAUCGUUGAAUUCAUCAACAGAAACAUCAAGUCCUGUAAAGCAAGGGAGUUCAGCAAUCAAUGACGUUAAAAACAAUUUCAACGGAGCCAUUGCAAAUUCUAAGCCUAGCAGUAAUUAUUUAUUAAAAAAUGAUGUGAAUAUAUCACCUAACAAGUCUGAUAUUGUUAUUAAGAAAAAUAAUUUAACGAUAGAUGAACAUGAAGUUGAAUUUUUUAGUUCGAACGGAACUUCCACACCAAAUUCCACAACUGUGAAAACAAAUAGACUGGAUAAAAGUGUUCAAAAGGACAAAGAAUCACACAUAAGCAAAUCGACCCCCAACACAAGAGGCAAAUCUGAAUCUUACAUUGAUCAAACACCAACAAAUGAUACACCAACUGAAAGAAGAACAUUAAGAUCUGAUGCCACUAGAGACAAUACCAAUAAAACCAAAAAUACGACCCCCCACAAAAGUAAAGAACCUAUUUCGUUAGAAAGUCAAUGUUCAGGUGAAACAAGGAAAUUGAGAUCAUCCACUGCUCCUAGUACUCCUUCAGAACCGACAAAUUGUUCAAAAACCAAUGAAGUUUUUAGCAAAUUAACAGUAAAUCUCCAGACAGAUUUCCAAACGACAAAAACUACACCAGUUUUAAAAUCUCUCACUUCAACUGACUUUAACAAACAACAACUCAUGGUUAACAUCACAAAGGAAACUUCCAUCUUUCGUGACAAGCCAAAAGCGAAGCUUACAAAAACUAUUAGUGAUCCUGAUAUACGAGUUUCUAAUGAAGAGAAAAAUGAAAAGGUGAAGUGUGUAUCAGACUCAGAAGUGUCUCGAAACGAGGACUAUUUAAAGCAACUCAAAAUAAUUUUACAUCCCCUCAGAACACCUACGGAGGCACCUAAAGCAAAACAGGCCAAAAGACGGAGUACUCGCUUAAAUAAUUCACAACAGGAUUCAAAAACUACAAGCGAAAAGAAAUCAGGAUCUCGCGAAAUGAUUUUACAACUCAUAGAUGUCAUACCUGUUCCUGACAAAGAUGAAUAUAAGUCGCCACUGUUAAAAAAUCCAGCUUUUCUUAAGUUAUUCCAAAAAGAAGAAUGUCCUCUACUCGAUGUGUUUAUGAACAAAGAACAAAAGGUCAAGGUGAAGGCAAACAGAAAACAAGAACCGAAAAGUUGUGGGCCUAAACCAAAUUCUACAACACACAAUCUCCCAUCAACAUCUAAAAAUGAGGAUUUACCAGUAAUAGGUCAAAACACUUGCUCAAAAUCAAAGGAAUCCCAUCAACAAGCAUUAGACGUUAAAACUAUCGACCAUAAUAAGAGUAAUACUGAACCACAAUGCUCAUCAUCUGAUCAAGGAGCAUCUAGAAUUAAAUCAGUCGAAGAAACUGAUGCCUACAAGUCGCCCACACCUAAAUCCCCUACAAAAUUUUACAGCAAAUUGAAAAAAUCGCCAGAAAUAUUGGAGCUAAAAAACAUAAUUCAAAAGAUUAGUGAAAGUGAAGGAAGACGGUGUAAAGUUACCACUAAUGAGAAAUUAAGCGAGUGUCUAAAAUCUAGGCACUAUAAUAAAAAGCCCACAAGCUCUACAUCUAAUCUAACAGAUAAUACAAGCUCGAAUUCUUCGCUGAAAGAACUGGAAGCUCCAGACAAAGUAGAUCUUAAUUCUGUAUGUUCUCCAGCUUCUUCAACGAAUCACUUUUUAUCUCCAACUGAUAAUCUUAGAGGUAGAACACGAAAAAUUAUAGAAAUGCUUGAGGAUGAUGACCAGAACACUUGUAGUAACCAAACAUCCGCUAGUGACGCAAAACACUGUGAAAUCAAAAGUGUACUACCAGUUGAAGCUACAAAUACUACAACAAAUGAACUGCAGGAAUCUACAAAUGAUUCAUCGAAUAGUAAGCCUGUCAAAAAUCAAACUAGGUCCAAGGAGAUUCAAGCUGGCGUUGAAAGUAUUAAAAAAGUGAACAGAAGUAAUAAAUUAUUGCUUAGUGAAAAAGAAAUUGAUAGAGACAAAGAAAAUAAGAGUCGAAGUCCAAUUAUUGAACCAAAUAUUGAGAAUUUGGAGCCCAAAAUUGUACCAAAGCAAUCUAACCAGAAUGUUCCGACAGAAAACUUACAGAAACAAGAUAAUAAUACUAGUAUUAGUGCCGAAGGUGCUGUUAAUGUGGAAUUACACAACAUUUUAAUUUGUAAACAAACUAAAAUGUGUGAUAUAACACAAACUAAUAUAGAAACUGAAAAUGAAACAAAAAAUAAAUCUACCAAAAGUGGUGAAGAUAAAGACCGAGUAUCUACUCUACGUAUAGCAAAAAGUAAAGAAAUUAAAGGAAAUCUGAGUGAUACACUGAAUGUAGCCCAAAAUAACGACAAUACUUUGAAAUCACUUGAUACUUCAAGAAGUACAGCAAAAGAGAAUGAUUUAGGUAAUCAAAAUGAACAAAAUAGUGCAGUAGUUUUAACAAAGGAUUUAGACAUCAGUAGAGAACAAAAAGAAAUAGAACAACAUGUUACUGUUGGUGUAAAAAGCAGCUUGGAGUCUAACAAAACAGAUGGAGAUAAAUUAGACCUUACUCCAGAGUCUAACAACUUACUGUUGUCAACAAGAAGAUCAAUGAGAUCACAAGGACAGACAUCUAAGAAACAGAAACAGGUUCAGCAAGAAUUAGAACGGGAAUGUACAGAUGUGUUGGAAAAUCAUGAAAAUGCUCAGAAGGAUGAGGCAAUGUCAACGCCAGAUAUUGUUCCUGUAGAAAGAAGAGCAGGUAGAUCUAGCAAAUAUACACUACGUAAAGAAGUUGCAACGGAAAUUAAGAAUGGAUCGGACUCUCUGGCAGCAUUAACAACGCCUCCAAUUUUAGAUGCAAGUCAGAGUCAAGAAACAGACAAGAAUGAAGCAAUGAAGUCACCAGAUUUUAUUCCAAAAGAAAAAGCAGGCAGACGUAGCAAACAUACGCCGCAUAGACGGGCGUAUGCCAACACAACAGAGAACGAAACUGAUUCUCUAAAAACCUUAACAACGCCUCCAAUUGUGAACGUAAGUCAGUCUCAACAAACGGAAAAGAUUGGAACCUUAAUAGCACAAGAUAUUACUCCAGUCAAACAUAAACCUAAUACAGUUACUUCAGAGAAUGAAUCUAGUUCCCUAAAUGAUUUGACAAAACCUCCAAUUUUAAACGCAAGUGAGUGUCAAGAAGUAAAAAACAAAGAAGCACCAGAGUCACCAGGUUUUACUCCAAAAGGAAAAGCAGGCAGACGUAGCAAGCAUACGCCCCAAAAACGGGAGCUUACAAACACAACAAAUAGUGAAACUAAUGCUUUAAACGAUUCUCCAAUCGUAAACGCAAGUCAGUUUCAGCAAGUGUCACCAGAUACUCCAAAAAGGAUAUUAAGUGAAUCUGAUAAACGAGAUGUUACAGACCCAACAGAGCAUGAAUCUGCUUCUCUAAACGCGGUAACGUCUCCGGUUUUAAAUACAAGUCAGUGUCGAAAAGUAGAUAAGAACGAGACAUUACUAUCACCAGAUAUUACUCCAAAAAGAAAAUCAGGCAGAUCAAACAAAACUACACCUAGUAGACCUGACGGUACAAACACAACAGAUAAUGCGAACCAAUGUCAAAAAGUGGAAAAGAACGAGACAUUACUACCAUCAGAUACUACUCCCAAAAGAAGACUAGACAAAACAAUCAAAGAUACAGGUCAUAAACAAGAAGUUACAGAUACAACAGAGAAUGAAUCUGCUCCGCAGGUCGUGUUAUCCCCGAAUCUACCUCAAAAUCCGGAAAACAAUGGUUCUACAGAUACUAAAGAACCAAUAGAUUCGGGUAAGAGCCAAAAUGACGAUAUUACAAUGAAUGACAGCUCUGGUAUGUUGUCACCGCUUGGUACACCAAAAAGGAAAAGAGGCAGACCAAGAAAACAUUCCAUUAAAGAAGACAACUUCCAAAGCAAACUUACAGAACAUAAUUCUCUGCUAGAUAUCUCCCCUGUCCUCAAAAAUGGACAAAAAAACAUAAACAUGGACGAUGAUAUAGUAACAGUAAAGAGAAGACCUGGAAGACCUAGAAAAACAAUGACAGAAGAUGAAAUGAGGGAAUCAAUAAGUAGUAAUUGUGAAGAUCUAAGUCAAAGAUUAGAUGCCAAUACUGUACGUAGUACAUUACAAGUGAACAAAAUUUUAGAUGACGUCAAAAUUAGAAUUAAUGGUCAAAUAAAGAAUAAACAUUUGCUAAAAAACAACAAUUCAAACUCUAUUCUAGAAAAUAGUCCAGAAAUAGAAGAUACAAGUACACAAAAUGUGCCUACCUUGCUCACAGGACGAAAAGAAACAUCAAGCCAAUCUGAAAACUUGCUAGACGAAGAAGUCUCGACUAUAAACAAAUUAACAAGUACUGAGACUACCAAAAUCUCAUCAAAUCAAGAUAAUAAAGAACUUAAACGAGCUAAAACUAGUCUUGAUGAAAAACUAGAACAAAACAACGAAUUUGCUUCUACUGGAAAGCUCAAGGGCCUAGAUAAAAAGAGCCCUAGGGAGUUAUUAGCCAGUUCGCCACGCAGAACAAGGUAUAGUAGAAGAAAUAGUGAUUUUCAGGAAGAGACAGAAGAAAUAAUUCUAGCUCGUAGAAGGAGAAGCAAAAGUUGUUUACUUGGUAGAAUUUCAGACAUUACCACCGACGAUGAUGAUUGGUGUAGAAAAACCAGAAGCCGAACUAGCUUAGGCGACAACAUUGUCUACACAACUGACGAUGAAGGUGAAUCAGACUGUGAAAAUACCAUUUCUCGAAGAACUAGAAGUAAAACCAGUCUUGGUGAGAGAAUCUCGUCAGGUGAUCACGAAGAUUUCGUUCAAAACGCCAAAUUAAGAAGCAAAUCAAGUUUAGGGCAAGCUCGCAGUUUUGUAGACAAUGAGGUACUGCCAAGAAGAAGAACACGAAGAAGUAGUUCUGUUAACCAAAGUUUACCUUUAGAGGAAAAACGACAAUCUAGAAAUAUAAAUGUCGCCGAUUCAGAAGAAAACCGAUUCAAAAGUAAUAGUGAUGUUAAGGUCCGUGAUACGACUGUCAAAUUGAAUGAUAGUAGUAAGGAAAACAUCGUCGAUGGUGGUAAGAAGGACACGAGUACUAGAAAGAAGAAGGCGGCGUCACAAAUGAAUCAAGUGGUGAAGUUUAAAGCAUUUGCCGAAGUUAAAGCAUGUUUUGUGCGGUCUAGUCUAAUAAAAAGAUGGACAGCUGCGGUAGAUGAGCUAGAGUAUGUCAAGGCGAGCGGUUUUGACUUCAAACAAAUUACUAGAUUUUUGGAAUUAACCAAUGUUUUAUCAGAUGAAGAAUCUACCACAGAUGAUGAUAUAAAGUCCGAUAAAACGAGUUUUAGUAUAGAAGAAAGUUCUCAAAAGAAAUUGAGUAAAGGGAAAAAGUCUCUAGAUGAUCAGGAGGAGAUUGUUCACGUGCAGAAAAAAAUUAAACUUGAAAUCGACUCACCGCCGACUAACAAACAGAAAUUGCCUAGAAAAAAAUUGGUAAAAGAUUCCUCAGAGCUGUCUUCAGAAGCAUCUUAUCCGCUAACGAUGCCGAAAAAGGAAGAAUCCAACGAUGACGACGAAAUUAACAAAGACGAUAGUAUAGAACAAAAGCUUAAUGCCAACACUCAACGUCACUUCGGUUCCUACUCCAUCGACGAACAAAAAGCAUUAUAUAAAAGAAACAACCUCUUCAAAGGUGUACCCAGGGAAAAAGUAUGUCAUUACUGUUUCGAAUCAGGGGAUCUGCUCAGAUGUAAGGGUGGCUGUAAUGGACUCUACCAUCGAUAUGCGCGAGUCAAGUACUCGUGGAAAAGUACCCUAAAAGAAGGAAGUUUAGAACGUCCCCAGUCAAGGCCGAAAGUACCGCUAAGGUCGAAAAUGUUCGACCUGAAGCUGUUGAAUCUAGUAGCCCAACUGGUAACCACUUCCCCAGGAGUCGUAGAAGAGCCGGCGGAAGCUCCGCCAGUAAAAGCUUCCGAAACGUCCGAAGUUGACGAAACUCACGUUCAGAUAGUAACGGUGCCGUCUUUCCGAUACGAGAGCCCGCCUAAAAAGACCUUCCCGCCAGAUUUUGUGAAUAUGUCCCUGGCGGAUAGGAUCGAUUUUAAAAUGAAGGAAAUUAUGGGAAAGUUCGAGACGACAGCGUAUCUAGAUAUAUUGAGUGAGUCGUCGAGUGACGAAAGAGCUAUCAGCUCUCCUGUAAUGAAAACGACACCUGAGAAUGAUGUAAAUAAACCUUCCCUGCCAGUAAAACCUUUGGAUAACAAUCGGGCUGAAGAACCACAAUCGAGUAAUGGUCAGGAUGUAAGAGAAGAAUCAAUAAAUGCAGACGUCGACUAUACCAAAGAUCAUAAACUUACUAGCAAGCAUAAAGCUCCAACAAAACAUGUAACAGCAGAUUGUAGAUCAAUAACUCACAGCAAAGAUUCUUCUCAUCGUGUAAACGGCUUCAGAAACCCCUUCGCAAAACAUGUUACCGCCGACAGUGAGAUAGUUCUAGACUCGAAAACGUUCAAGUGCGGCUUUUGCGUGGAGGACAUCGAUCCUUACUGUUUUAUUUGCAACGAGAUGAUAUCGAAGAAAGGCGGUUUGAUGAGACAGAAAUGUUCGCUGCAUCCGUGCCCGCGCUUCUACCAUCCGGAUUGUUUAAAGUUGUGGCCCCAAACGCAGUGGUCGUUGAUACAGACUACGAAAAACCGGUUUUCGCAAGAGGAGCAGGAUAGUUUUGUGUGUCCGCAACACGUCUGCCACACGUGCGCUUCGGAUGAUCCUCGUGCUGCCAUUUCUAGGUGUCCCUGGGAUAAAAUCGUCAAAUGUCUGUGUUGUCCGGCUAGCUACCAUUCGACCAACUUUUGCAUUCCCGCCGGUACGGCGAUUGUAAGUACCACCCAAAUAGUUUGUCCGAGACACAGGUACAGAACUAAGCCGUACACCAUAAACACGACGUGGUGUCUUUUGUGUAACGAGGGGGGAAACCUGAUCUGCUGCGAAACGUGCCCAACCAGUGUUCAUCCGGAAUGUAUGACAGUAAAUUUAACAGACGACGAUAGAUUCAUUUGCGAAGACUGCGAAUCGGGCCGGCUACCGUUGUACGACGAAGUGGUCUGGGUCAAAUUGGGUAAUUACAAAUGGUGGCCGAGCCUCAUUAUAUUCCCCAACGAAAUACCCCCCAAAGUGCAGAGCACCAAGCAUCAUCCGGGGGAGUUUGUGGUGAAGUUUUUCGGUACCUACGACUAUUAUUGGAUGAAUAGGGGAAGGGCGUUUUUGUUCCAAGAGGGUGAUACUAUAGAUAACGGUAUAAACACCAAGAAAAAGUUCCAAGCUGCUUUUACGAGAGCUGUAGAGGAAGCUGUGGUUGCUCAUCAAAUGAAGAAACAAUUUAAAAUAUUACAAGCUGCAGAAACGGCAGUUUCGAUGAAGCCUCCUCCGUAUAUAAAAAUUAAAGUUAGUAAACCUGUAGGAAAUGUCAGGUUGACCGAAUUAGACCUAAGCAACACCACAGCCUGCGAAUGUGAUCCUCAUCAGGUCAAUCCUUGUGGACCUGAUAGUAAUUGCUUGAAUAGGUUACUCCUCACCGAAUGUCAUCCUGAGGUGUGCCCCGCAGGCAAACACUGCAAAAAUCAAUCGUUCGAAAAACGGGAAUAUCCUACGUUAGUUCCUUACCGAACAGAAACCCGAGGUUGGGGACUCAAGACGUUAGAACCGAUCAAAAAGGGACAAUUCGUGAUAGAGUACGUUGGAGAACUGAUAGACGACGAAGAGUACCAACGUAGGAUCCAAAAGAUGCACGAGCAAAAGGAAGAGAACUAUUAUUUUCUUACUAUUUACAAGGAUAGAAUGAUCGAUGCUGGACCUAAAGGUAACAUCGCUCGAUUCAUGAACCACUGCUGCCAACCCAAUUGUGAAACACAAAAAUGGACCGUAAACGGCAAUACCAGAGUUGGGUUGUUCGCUACCGGAGACAUUCCCGCCAAUACAGAAUUAACGUUUAACUACAAUUUAGAAUGCACCGGAACUGAAAAGAAGGUCUGCAAAUGCGGAGCCCCUAAUUGCAGUGGAUUCAUCGGUGUUAAAGCCAAAAACGAUUCCACCGAACUGAGAAAACCAAAGAAGGAAAAAAAGAAAAAAGAGCCUGAAAAACCAAUGGAACUGCCACCCUGUUACAUUUGCCAAAGAAAAGGUCGCGUUAGUUUGUGUAAUAAUAAAAUUUGUAACAAGGCGUAUCAUUUAAGAUGUUUAAAACUUAAAGAAAGGCCAGAUAGUAAAAAAUUCGUAUGCCCGUGGCACUAUUGCAACGUUUGCUCAAAACGAACCAUCCGAUGUUGUGUCAAGUGCUUGAAUUCGUUUUGUCCGUCGCAUUCAGAAGGAAACGUUCGUUACGACAACUUGAUGGGUUUCGUGUGCCACACGCAUGAUCCGACAAAUGCAACAUCACAUGCUGUGAACGUUACGAUACGAAAAAGAAGAAGCAACAACGUAACAGAUGAGGCGCAGGUGUCAUCUACGACCACCGAUAAUGAUGACAUCGAUGCCGAAGCAGACUCUUUAACGUGCCGUAAAUCGAGGAAAAGUAAAAAGACUGUAGCGGAAGAAGAUGAGGAUAUCGAUUUUGAUAUUAGUGAAUCUUGUACGUCGAGUCCUCUGAAAGGCAUAGAUGAUGAUUCGCAAGACGAAACAGUCUCUAGUGCAACAGUUUCUGAUUUGAGGAAGAAAUUCGACCGAAGAGGAAGAAAAAACAAAUUAAAAAGCUCCGUUCUAAGAAAAGGAAAUUGAAAUUCUCUAGUAGAAAAACUAUAAAUAGGAAAACAAUCACUGCCAAUAGUGUAAAUGAUACGACCGAGUCGAAUCUGAAUGUGGAUAUGUAGAUAUAGACAUAGAGUUUAGUAGUUUUUGUAAUUUCAUGAAUAUAUAUAUUUUGGUUUUCUUUUUAAGAAAUGUGUCUAUUCAUAUUCUGACUUUUUUACUUUGAACACUCAAUAGAACUUUAUAUGAUUUUUGUUUAAUUGAUGUAAAUCAAAAUAAACCAUUUU